CUCAUCCAUUUUCUUUCUUUUUAUCUCUCACUCUCUCUCUCUCUCAUCCCAAUACUCCUUUCCUGAGGAAUCAGACUCUCAGUCUCUCACCAAAAAAGGAUUUUCCGGGAAAACCCAAACCCAAACCCAGAUCCGAAAGAUCCCCUCCGAAUCUACCCCCACAUUUUAUUAGCUUGGCCGUGAAAAUCGGACCCAAAUUUAAAGAUUCCAUUCCCCGACUUCGAAGUCCCCCCCACCCACUCUCUCUCUCUCUCUCUCUCGUUCUUUUCCUGAAAACACAACACAAUAAUUUUCCGUUUAAAGAAACAACCGCUUUUUAUUUCCUUUUCUUCAACCUCUGUUUUAUCUCAUCUUGAUUUUACCAAGAAAAGAAAAAAACAAAACAAAGAAAUACCCUUUUGAUGACCCUGAAUCCCGGGUUUUUAUUCGGUGAUUAUUGGGCUUUCUUUAGAUUUUUAUAUUUUUUUUAAUUGUAGUUGUAUCCUAUGUUAGAGUUAGGUGUAUUACAUAGAAAUUUUUUUUUUUUUGAUAUUGAAUUUUUUGGGGGAAAAGUUUGGAUUUUUGAGCUUAGUAUUUGAAGAGUAGAAAAGGGUAUUUUUUUUUCUUGGGAUCAUUGUGUUUCUGUUGGAGUUAGGUGGAUCUGAGAGUGGAUUAGAAUCAAAGAUCUAUUGGUGAUGAGCUUUUUGGAUAAGCAAAAAGCUUUUUGACAUUUUAGUAUUGUAUUAAAAGAGUUAGGAGGGUGAGCUUGUUGGUUUUGUAUUUACUUUGAUUGGGAAUUGAACCAUGGAUCAUGUGAUUGGUGGGAAGUUUAAGCUUGGGCGAAAGAUCGGUAGUGGAUCAUUUGGAGAACUCUAUUUGGGGGUUAAUAUACAAAGUGGAGAGGAAGUGGCUGUAAAGCUGGAAUCUGUGAAGACCAAGCACCCUCAGCUUCAUUAUGAGUCAAAAUUAUACAUGCUUCUACAAGGAGGAACGGGUAUCCCCCAUCUGAAAUGGUUUGGCGUUGAGGGAGAGUACAAUGUUAUGGUUAUUGACCUUCUUGGCCCAAGCCUAGAAGACCUGUUCAACUAUUGCAACCGGAAGUUUUCAUUGAAAACGGUUUUAAUGCUUGCAGAUCAGUUGAUAAACAGAGUUGAGUAUAUGCACUCACGGGGUUUUCUUCACCGUGAUAUAAAGCCUGACAACUUUUUGAUGGGUUUAGGGCGCAAAGCUAAUCAGGUAUAUAUAAUUGAUUAUGGUCUUGCAAAAAAGUAUAGAGAUCUUCAAACACACAAGCACAUACCAUACAGGGAAAACAAAAAUCUCACAGGAACAGCUCGUUAUGCAAGUGUUAAUACCCACCUUGGAGUUGAACAAAGCAGAAGAGAUGAUCUUGAGUCUCUUGGUUAUGUGCUUAUGUAUUUUCUGAGGGGAAGCCUUCCGUGGCAGGGCUUAAAAGCAGGUACGAAGAAGCAGAAAUAUGACAAGAUCAGUGAAAAGAAGAUGCUUACUCCCAUAGAGGUUCUUUGCAAAUCGUAUCCAUCAGAGUUCACAUCAUACUUCCAUUACUGCCGAUCAUUGCGGUUUGAGGACAAACCUGAUUAUUCGUAUCUGAAGAGGCUUUUCCGAGAUCUAUUUAUUCGAGAAGGUUAUCAGUUUGACUAUGUGUUUGAUUGGACUAUAUUGAAAUACCCUCAAGUUGGCUCCAGUUCGAGAGGAAGACCAAGUGGGAAACCAGCUUUAAAUCCAGGAACAUCUGCUGAAAGACCUUCAGUGGGACAAGAGAUUCGAGAUAGGUUCUCUGGUGCUGUUGAGGCCUUUGCUAGAAGGAAUGGCACAGGGCAUGGUUUGCAUGGUGAGCACACCAGGCACAGAUCUUCAGAUGAUGUGCCAUCUUCCAAGGAUGUGCAACCUGAUUCUGAAAGGGGAAGGAGUUCUCGCAAUGGCAGCUCUUCAAAGAGGCCAGUUGUAUCAAGCAGCAGACCAAGCUCCUCUGGUGAGCCAAGUGAAAAUCGGUCAAGCCGGCUGGUCUCAAGCAGUGGUCGCCUGUCUACAACCCAGAGGAUUCAACCUGGGUUUGAAUCCAAAACAACAUCUUUUACCCGAAAUGCUGCUACCAGAGGUGGUCGUGAUGAUGCACUUAGGAGCUUUGAGCUUCUAUCGAUUGGCACAGGAAAGAGGAAAUAAAGGGUAAGAAGUGCUUGUGUCAAGACUCAACUUUUUUUGCAGUUUUUCACAAUGUCAGCAAUAUUAUGAUUUUACCUCAGUUACUUUGUAUAUGUGUUAUCUGUUGCUGGGUUCAAUUUGCUGCUAAGGCUCGCAAAUGUUCUACUUGAGAACAUGUCCAGACUCUUUUACCUCUUCAGGAUUCUCGCAAUUAUAAUGCCCCUCUUGGGCUCACCUAAGAAAGAGAGAUCGUCUCACUUUAGGGAAUUGUUCAUAUAUUUGAGACACGAAUAGUUGUAAUAAGCACGGAUGUUAUAUUUUUUCCUGGGGAAAAAUGAAAACCAUGCUUUAUGACUAAUACACCCUUUGUCUUGUCAUGUAUUACGUAAUAUAUUCAUAUUUUUUGUCUU